GAAACGACAUCCCUUUCAUAUAUCCUCUUGGCAGAAAAGAAAAUCAGACGAAAACCUAGAAAAAUUGAUUCAAAAUGUACAACGGAAUCGGGCUGCAAACGCCGCGAGGAUCCGGCACCAAUGGAUACAUUCAGACCAACAAGUUCUUCAUUAGGGGGAAAUCCAACAAAGUGGUGACGGAUCCUUCGUCGAUUCGAGGCUUCGACGACGGUCAAGGAACCGCCGGAGUUACUCGGAAAGCUAACAAGGAAAUCCUUGAGCACGACCGGAAACGCCAGAUCCAGCUGAAGCUUCUUGUUCUCGAGGAGAAGCUUAUUGAUCAAGGAUACACUGAUAGCGAAGUUGCUGAAAAGUUACAGGAGGCUCGUCAAACCCUAGAGGCUGUUGCUGCAGCGGAAGAGGCUGCCGGUGGUGGUUCCGCUCCUGUCAAGACCUCCAAGUAAAUUCCGUUUUCUUAAUCUUUUAGUCUUUAAAUUUUGUUAAUUACGUAUGUUUCUUGAGUGAAGAAAAUAGUGUUGAUAUGUUUUUCUGAGGCAUUUUGGAGUGUAUUUGUUGAGUUUUUCGGAAUGGGGGGAAUUGUUUCAAGAUUGUUUUGUGCUGUCACUUUACUAGUGUCUUGUGUUUUGUUUUCUGAGUUUAUAUUUAUAUCUUGUUGCGAUGAUAAAAGAGAAAGCUUUUUCCUGCUUCGCAUACUUUUAAAGGUUGAAUUGGUUUGUCUAAUUGCUCUGUUGUUUUCCUGAUUUCCAUUUUAUUGGCGGUAAUUGCUCUUGCCAUCUGCAUGUUUUACUAUUUCGAUUUUUGUUUAGUACUAGUGCUGUUAAGUGGAUUGAUGUGUUUGUUCCUCUCACAGGGUUUCAGACACACAGACACACCAGAUAGCUGCAUUGAAGGAGCAGAAGUUAGAAACCUUCAAGGCUGCUCUAGGUAUCGGGGUCGAAACAUCCAAGAAGAAUUUUCAACUGGAUUCGGUCCCUGAAGAAGGAAGCGACGAUGAAACAAUGGAAGAUGAAGGAAACAAAUCGAAAAAUGGUAUGAAGGAUAAGAAGAAUGUUGAGGGAAGAGAUGACUCUAAUGCGCAAAAGAUUCGUGAGAGUAAACAAAAAAGAGAGCCUGGGGAAAUUUCUGAUUCAGAUGAUGAAUUAAAACACACAAAAAAAGAUCGGAGAAGUAGAAGGGCUGAUUCUAGCGAUGAUUCUGAUGUUCCUGUUGAGAAGAGGGGGCAGCGGUCCAUGAGGAAGGAGAAGAGGAGGAGCCGAAGGGAGGAGAGCGAUUCAACCAGUGAUGAAUCUGAUUCAGACUACAGUUCAGACUCCGAAUCUGAUGUAGAACGUGAGAAGUCUCGGCGAAGGAAUUUUGAUGAAAAGCCUAAUGCUAAAAGUCAAAAAGGCAAGCCUCCAAAAGUUAGACGCCAUGGUUCUGAGGAUGAAUCUGAUGGCGAUGACGAAAAGCGUCAGAAAGUCAAGCAGAGUUCGAAGAAUCGGCGGCAUGAUUCCGAGGAUGAAUCUGAUAGUGAUUCAGGAAAGCGGACUAAAGUCAAGCAGGUAUCAAGAAGUAGGGGCCAUGAUUCUGAUGAUGAAUCUGAUAGCGAGUCAGAAAAGCGUCGGAAAGUCAAGCAGGUUUCAAGAAGUAGGCGUCAUGAUUCAGAAGACGAAUCAGAUAGUGAUACAGAUAAGCGUCGGAAAGUCAAGCAAAUAUCAAAAGAUAGGCGUCAUGAUUCAGAAGAUGAAUCAGAUAGUGAUACAGAUAAGCGUCGGAAAGCCAAGCAGCUUUCGAGAAAUAGGCGCCAUGAUUCUGAAGAUGAAUCUGAUCGUGAUUCAGAAAAGCGGAAGGGGCAUUUAGAGAAGAGGAGUCAAUCUAGCAGAAAUUCUCGGUCAGAAAAAGGUGAACAUAUUCGCAGUGACAGGAAAAUGGAAACCAAAAGGACUGGUAAUGAAAAGGACAGGUAUCAAGAAGAAUAUCAUAAAGCAACCGAGAGAAAGGAAAAGAGUUCAUGGCGGAAUGACAUCAAAGGUGAUUCUGAUGUGGAUCAUGAUGUCGAAAAGAGGAAUAACAGGAUUGAUGUUCAUAGAAGACAUGAUUCAGAUGAGGAUACAGAUGAUGGAAGAAGGAAUAUGGACAGGCACCAGAGGAGUGACAGAAGUGACUCAGAGAAUGAUAAGAGGGAUAAUAGGCGUAGAAGUGAUAACAAAUCUAGAGAUGCCGACCCUUGCAAAGAUGUUGGAAAAAGUUCAACUGGCAGAAGUGCACAUGACAGAGAGAAAAACUAUUUGCAGGCUAGUGAUGAUAGGCGGGAGACGCAAAACUCCAGCAGACAGGAUUCAAGAAGGCAUGAAUCAGUGAAAGAUGCUGGUCCUGAAAUGCCAGUUUCUAAGAGGAAUAGAAAUGACCGAGAUGAAGAUGAUUAUGGUCAUAGAAGGGAUGGCCAGAAGAGGAGUAAGCUGGAGCAUGAUAGUAGGAAAGACGAUAAAUAUGCUGUAACUUAUGGAGGGGAUAAAAAAAUCCAUAGGAAUGAAGAUGAACGGCGAGGGGAAAAACAGAGAAGAGAUGAGGAUGAGUAUAAAUAUUCUGAACGCGAUAAAAGAAGUCAUAGGGAUGAAGAUGAACCACGAGGGGAAAAGCACAGAAGAGAUGAAGAUGAUGAUGAAAAUAAAUAUUCUAAACGGGAUAAAGGAAGCCACAGGGAUUUAGAUGAACCGCGUGGGGAAAAACACAAAAGAGAUGACGAUGGCGAGAAAUAUUCUGAUGCAUAUGGACGGAAUAAAAGAAGCCAUAGGGAUGAAGAUGAACGACAAGGGGGAAAACACAAAAGAGAUGAAGAUGCACCAAGGAAGCAUGCGAAAGAAGGGGAGAAGUUGGAAGAGAAGCUGGAGAGUAGAAGGCAUCAUAGAGAUAGAGAAUUGGAAUCUUCAAAAAGAGGUCGAUAUGAUGAUUCCUACUCCAGUGGGAGCAGAAGACGUGGUGAUGAUAGCCGAGAUGAUCGGCGAUCUAGACGUUGAUAAUGUGUUAAUGAUGGUCAAUAUAUUCAGAGGAGGAUGACUGUUAGUGCGUCGAAUAUUGUCAUGGCUCCUCUGUGGUACUGUUGGGUCAUUUCGUGCUUACUUUGCAAGUUUGAGCAACCAAUGGGUUUUUUGACUGCUUAACAGGUGUCACAAAGCUCAGUCUUUCUCCGGAGCAUUUCCUCAUUUCCAUUAGGAUGUACACCAUCUCCUUACUGGAUUUUGUAAUCUGGGAUUUGUGGAGAAUAUACUUGGUUGUACUUUUCGAUUCUAUUUUGUUCUAAGAGUGCUUCUUUUUUUUUUUUUUUUUUUUUGUUUUCCCCUUGUGCAUUUGUGUAUUGGCCUUCUCGUUUAUGUAUUGUCCACAUAUAUGAAUAAUAUAUCAAUCAAAAUCUCAAAAUUAAUACAUGUAUUCAUCAAAAAAUUUGUGGAUAUAUGCAAUGUCAUAGUUCCAAUUAGGUUUUGUUGGUAUGUUUGUUUC